UAAGUUGUAGCCAGAUAAAACCUACAGGUGUGGAGGUGGACGGGCCGAUAACACCCGCUGUAGGCCUGUAGAGGAGGAGGGAAGGAAAGGGGGGUGGGGGUGAGCGCGUCUACUGUGAUUGGCACCUCUGUUGCACACGCAGGUCAAUUUUCUUUCUUUUUCCGCCCUGACUCGAGAAAAGCAAAAACCUCGUCACUGUUGAUCGAGACAGGAGCGGGGACGGAGGACCUGGGCGGCACUCGCACACAAGCGCCCCGAGCGUCGCCGCCGCCACCGUCACCUGCUGCUGCGCCUCCUUCACCAGCGUUCUCUUCCCUUCCUUACUGUGGAUUUACGGCCAGAUAGGAGGUGCUCGUGCGUGUGUGUGUGUGUGUGACCAGGACGUGAUGGAGGUGUGGUGGGUUAUGACUGUGUGGCCGCUCCUCGUCACAGCUCACUCAGGUCACUCAGGCGGCGCCCCCAGGAUCAGCCCCGCCCCGCCCAAAUUCGUGCACCCCGCCCACAACGUGACGGUGGUGGAGGGGCAGGAAGUGACCCUCAUGUGCUCCGUCACCAACCUACACGGAUACAAGCAGCUGGCGUGGGUGCACGAGGAGACUCAGUCCAUCCUGAGCAUCGGGCGGGACCUGUACACCCGCACGCCUCGUCUCUCCCUCCACGCUGACCGCCACUCGGCCGGGCUCACCAUCUCCCCCGUGUUGUCCACAGACCGAGGGUGGUAUAUGUGUCAGCUCAACACCGAGCCCAUGACCUCCUCCAGGAGUUACCUGCAGGUCCUCGUGCCGCCGACGCUGGAGGAGUGGUCAGGGUCGUACGUGGAGGUGAGGGAGGGUGCCAAGGUGCGCCUUACCUGCCGUGCUCGAGCCUUCCCUCCCGCCCUCACCACCUGGAGGAGAACUGACGCUAACCCCAUCUUCCGCACCCCCAGAACAGUGUGGGCGAUGGAAGGGAGCGUCCUGGUGUUUGAGUCUGUCCGUCGGGAGCACUCAGGAGCCUACACCUGUCACGUGGACAACAACGCCACCUCACCGGUCUCCCGCACCACACACCUGACUAUCACCUAUGGCCCAGUGUUGUGGCUGGGUAAGGACCUGGUAGGCACUAAGGCUGGGCUAGACGUGACUCUUAACUGCACCAGCGUAGCCAACCCUCCACCACGACACUACUGGGAAGUCAACGGCGUCAACAUAACCAACAGCGACAAGUACCAGGUGAAGGAGGUGAAGGCGUCGACGAGGACUGAGGUACUACUGACGGUGAGGAGAGUAUCUGAUGGAGACUUCACCCGCUACGACUGCCACGCUGUCAGUCCCACCGGUCACGCUCACGGCACCAUCAAGGUUUACAAGAUUAAGGACCCCAUACUAAUAGUGCCAACACGACCGUGGCGCGUAAUACAGCCAGGUAAGGCACCGCCCUACACCUACACCACCAGGUGGCCGUCAACACCCUCCAGGAACACCUCCUUCAACAACACUCACAAGGACGACAAGACCCACCUGGGAGACAGCCUCCGCACCACUAAGUUCGUCACCAACAUGAUCCCGUCUCCUUCAGGCAGCUGGAAGUCGCCGGGCAGGUCAGGCAACAAACACCCCAACCAGAUCAAGUACAAGCACCGAGGGGGACUCUCCAACAGCACGACCCUGGUGGUGGUGGACGUGGCGGCUGAUGGUGGUGGGAGGGCGAGAUAUGUCCUCCCUUCUUCACUCACCCCCCUCACCAUCCUCCUCCUCCACCUGCUCCUCCUUAACCUCGUCGGUUUUGGCUAAGGCUGGUUGUAACAGCUACACACACAGAGAGAGAGAGAGAGAGGUUUUAUUUUGAAUACUGACUCUAAGGGGCCAUAUUGAAGGCAGAGUAUUAGUGACAAUCAGGAUUGAGAAGGGAUGAGUUAGGGGCGGGAUGGGUGUAUGUGUGGGCGUGAACCUGGGUGUAGUAUCCCCUGGUGUCUUACACAGGAGGGAGUAAUACACCUUCUACAGGAAAGUAAAAACACAGGAGCUGUGACCAUCUACACGAGAGACAGCGAGGUCAUUCCUUGUUGCUGCUGCCAAGGAGGACCUAGUGCUAGAGCGUGGUGAGUCAGGUCCUGAGGAUGACUCAUACACUGCUGGAAGUGAGUAAUUAUUCCCUGAUACAGUAAUUCUAUCGAGCUGUGAUUAGUUACAGUAUGUUGAGGCAGCUGGAGAGGAAACGUGGCGAUGGUUUAAUAUUUUCGUGAAGUGUCAGCGACGAUAAAUAAUUUGGAAAAGUUACCAAAGCUCAAUUUAUUUUUAAAGAUGACAUAUAGGCAGAGUUGUAUAGUGGAUGUGUAUACAGUAAUUCUUCAACAGGGUGACAUAUCUUACAACUCUUCAUGUACAGUAUAGCUUGGCAGUGUAUCAGACUAAGAUGCCUGGUCCUUGUAGUCACGUUAAUAUACUCUUGGUGAAGUACUGUAGCUUGUCUCCCGCAUGUGUGUCACGGUGUACCCCCCCCCCCCCUCGGCAGACUUACUUCACCUGGGUUAGGAUUCUUGAAUGAUUCGUAGGUAGAAUAAUUUCCCUGUUACCGGAGACAAGUAGAUAGUUAUGAUCGAAUGUUAAGUGUCAUUUCGACGUCAUUUUGUCCAACUAAGUGUGGUAGUUUAAGAGAGGCAGCUAAACAAGUCUUCACACCAUAAGGGAAAUAUUACAUACGAAAAUUGGAGAAUCUGGACCUUUGGGGAAUACCUGCCUUAUUGUGUAUCUGUAUAGUCACGGACGUCUGGGAGUGCCUAUGACCUGUUGAGUUGACGACCUGGUGAACACACAAGUACAAGACCGAGGUACUAAAAACAAAAACAAAAUCAAUCAAUAUCCAUAACCACAAGUAUACUCGGUGUGUUUACAUCAGUCACUCACACCAAGACCCAAGUUGUGGUACUAUUUUUUUUCCUACCUAUUGAUGAUAUUACCUGAGGCGAGAUUUAAUUAGUAGAGAGAUUUACUGAGUUUGUAACCUAUCAACAAUACCUCAGUCGGGUUCCUUAUACUCAGAUCCCUUAUACUCGGGUUCCUUACACUACCAGACACCCGUGUCAACAACAACAUGGCCUUCGCAGUAUUUUUUGAUACCUCAGAAGAUGACCUUAUGUAUAUACCCACACAAGAGGGCGCCCCAUGUCCUCGCUGUGUGUGUGAUCUGCUCGCACGAACGUAAUGUAUUGAUGAAUGUUUAGAAGCAUUGUUGAUUUAGUUCACUGUAUAUACGGAAUCAUCUUCAGUUAUUAUUAGUGUAUCAACCUUGGUGCUUAUGGUAAGAGUUACAAUUGCCCUUUAAACUGGUUAUUUAAUUAUUUAUUUUAUACAGGAAGCUAUGCAAUGAAGAUUAUACAACACAUAAACACACAUGAAUCAAAACUGGAUAUAUGGCAACAGUCAACACUAUACAUUACCUACCUUAGUAUCAGGUAAGACAAAAGUAUUAUAGCAUAGGAAUAUACGAAAUAGAACCCAUCUUUAAAUACAAUCAAGGUAGAUAUGAGUAGAUAAGACCACUCAGUAGAAGCCCAAGAAAGAAAUAUUAUUGAAAAAAAAAAUUACUUCCCUUAAAACUCUAUUGAAAUGUAUAGUUAAGUUUAUAUUUCUGUCAUCUACUUGUGGGUCAGAUAGCUUUUCAUUAUAAACUAAAUCACAAUAAUAAUAAUAAAAACAUUCUUGGGAGAAAUUUUGUUUAGUAAAUUCUAUGAUGAAAAAUUAAGAGUAAAAAUUCUAUGGUAAAAAAUUGUUGAGUAAAUUAGAUGUUAAGAAUCACAUGACUUCUACACUUCCUGACCCUGACCCUCAAGUACAUGGUGCCAGAUAUAUAUUGACAAGUGUUUAGGGAAAUUUUUCUACAAUUACACAGGUGAAAUUUUGUCAUUUAAAUUUAUGUUUAUGUUAUAUUUUAAUCUAAUAGAAUUUGCACCACCACUACUUUUACCAUUAUAGUCACCCCCAACCACCAUCACCACAAUUAUCGUUACUUCCAUUACCAUCAUCAUUACUAUACAACAACUAUUCACAACCAUUACCACCAUUACUAUUACAACUAUUCACUACUAUUACAACUAUUCACUACUAUUACAACUAUUCACUACCAUCAUUACUACAGUAUUACAACUAUCCACAACCACAAUUAUCGGCACUACUAUCACCACCACCACCACUACUACCAUCACCAGUAGUAGACAAUUUAUCAUCAACUCAAAAUAUUAUACAUUUGUUUUUCAUUCCGUAAAGGUAAAUAAACAAUUCUUAUGUUGUAUACAUUUUAUUUUGUAUUACUGUUAUACAAGGAAAGGUUGGAGUGUAUAAUCGGCGACAUACACAUCGGUCAGUCAAAAUACACUUCAGUCAACAUACAGUACACAUCAGUCAACAUACACAUCAAUCAACACACACAUUAACCAACAUACAGCCAUACACAACAUGCACAUCACACACACACAUACACAAUAAAUGUUAUUCUUUAAAUAUAAUCUCACAGAUGCAACAAGUCAAUUAUAUUUCCCUUACCUAUUUAUCCCAAUAGGUGUUCAAACUCAAGACUCACCUGCAACUUUCACCUCUGAGUCUCCUGAUUUUACUAAGACGGUUUACACCACUCACUCAAACUUUCCUGGGGGCAAAAUAUUUAUUGGACCUUCAAAAAUUUUAAAAUUCACUUCGAUGACAUCUCCAGUAUUCAAAAAGUGGGUCGUGGUUCCCAAAGGUUCGUAAGGUGAAUAUUUCCUCAUAAGGGAAGGUGGUUAAUAUAAGCUAGACCAUUAAUUAUCCAAAAAAGAGUAUCGAUAUCCAGAGACUCUGCCUUAGCUACUGAACACUAGACUAAGUUAAGGGAGCAAAUCUUUGGAAAAUUAUUCUCUACUCGAAUUUUGGUUUCUAAUUGGUACUAAGAGAGGUGGUCUAGUAAAGGUAAAGUAGAGUCUCAGUGAAAGUUUAUGAUAUUUUUUUUAAACAUUACUCCUGUGUCAAUCAGUUGGGAGUAUUCUUACAACUCCACUUACGAGGAACAUUUAUCGUAGGAACCACUGAUGGUCGAGGCUAUAGUAUACCCCAUAAAUAGUUCACGGAUCAAACACUGGAGAAAGUAUGGGUCCAGGGAAGUCACGGAGCUGAUAUCCCUAGUAAACAAUUUAGGGAAAUCUAUAAACAAAAGCCAUGAUACAUCUCGUUACGUCACAACAACACUAUAUAAACUUCUGCCAAAGUUGUAACAUCAUGAUAUAAACUUCUUCAGUUUACAUAACAAUAGAUAUAGAACACUAUAUAUACAUAUAUAUACAUAGAUUCCUUGAGUAUUGCACAUAUUGUUUAACCGAGUAAUACUUGUAUUCAGCUUCACUCGCCACCACGCGCUGUUGCAGCAAACGUGGCUUAUGUGACCACACAAAUGUUGUAUGUACUGUAACUCUAAAUGGGAUGUUAAUUGUCAACAAAUAAAUAUAUCUAUAUAUA